AUGGACGCAUCCUUCCACCGCCGCAAGGACAAGGUCGUCGUCAUCGUCGGUGCCACCGGCUCAGGCAAAUCCCGUCUCUCUCUCGACCUCGCCUCCCUCUCCUUCCCCUUCUCCGAACUCAUCAACUCUGACAAAAUGCAAGUCUACAACGGCCUCGAAAUCACAACCAACAAGAUCCCCAUUCACGAGCGCAAAGGCGUCCCUCACCACCUCCUCGGCGACGUAUCCCCUGCACACGGCGACUUCUCCCCCUCCGACUUCCGCCGACGCGCCGGAGAAAUCAUCUCCGAUAUCACCUCCCGAAAUAAGCUCCCCAUAGUCGUUGGCGGCUCCAACUCCUUCGUCCACGCACUUCUGGUGGAACGAUUCGACCCGGGGUUGAACGUGUUUGAUGGGGACGCUGAGAUAUCGCCGGAGUUGAGGUACGAGUGCUGCUUCCUCUGGGUGGAUAUAUCGUUCAAUGUGUUGAGGGAUUACUUGUUGAAGCGAGUGGACGACAUGCUUGACUCAGGAAUGGUGGAAGAGUUAGCUGAGUUCUUCGACCGCGACUCGCCCGAUUUAGAACUCGAAUCGGCCAGCCGAACCGGUUUGAGAAAAGCCAUUGGGGUGCCUGAGUUCGACCACUUUUUUAAAUUGUACCCUCCUGGUUGCCACGAUUCACUGCGGGCGGGUGCAUACGAGAAAGCUGUGAGGGCCAUAAAGGAUAACACGUGUCAGCUGGCCAAGAGGCAGAUACAAAAGAUCCACCGGUUAAAAGCUGCCGGGUGGGACCUACGGAGGCUAGAUGCCACGGAGGCGUUUCGGGUGCUCAUGACGUCAGGGCGUGACGGCGGCGCCAACGGCGGAGAUAGGUGGUCCGAUGUGUGGGGGAGGGAUGUGUUGGAACCAAGCGUGAAGAUUGUGAGGCGCUUCUUGAUGGAGUAG